CACGCGCCGCGUCUCCGCCCUCGCCCUUCUCCCAUUGCGAUGCCCUCCGUUCCUGAAAUCGGCGCUUCCCGCCCGUCGCUUAGCUUCUGUUCGCUGCGGUGAAGAGCCCUUGUGGCUCCGUGUUGACCAAAGGUAGUGGUCGCAGUUAGCGCCGGAGGCCGGCCUAGUCCUCCACUAUGGUCGUUCCGGUCUUCUAGGGUUGCCGGGACCGCCUGCCCUCCAGCCGUCUCCUCCACCAGAUUUUCAGCUACUGAUGUUACGAACAGUAAAAUAUUGGAGCAUAGAAUUGAGGAAAAGACUUAAACCAGAUUUUUCUUCUGUUAGUUAACAAGAUGGAUCCUGAAGCAGGGGGAUCACAGAUUAUCAAAGUGACACCUCUUCAACAAAUGCUUGCCUCUGGUACUGGAGCUGUACUGACAUCACUAAUGGUGACACCCCUUGAUGUUGUUAAAAUUCGACUUCAAGCCCAAAACAACCCAUUUUACAAAGGAAAAUGUUUUCUAUAUAGUAAUGGACUUAUGGAUCAUCUAUGUGUCUGUGAAGAGGAAGGCAACAAAGCGUGGUAUAAGAAGCCAGGACGUUUCCAGGGAACAUUGGAUGCCUUUUUGAAAAUCGUUCGAAAUGAGGGCAUUAAAUCCCUGUGGAGUGGCCUUCCUCCUACCUUAGUGAUGGCAGUUCCUGCCACAGUUAUUUAUUUUACCUGCUACGAUCAAUUAACUGCUCUUCUGAAAUCUAAGUUAGGAGAAAAUAAAAGCUGCAUACCAAUUGUUGCUGGAAUUGUGGCCAGAGUUGGUGCAGUAACUGUGAUAAGUCCAUUAGAAUUGAUUAGAACCAAGAUGCAAUCUAAGAAGUUUUCUUACGAGGAACUGCAUCAAUUUGUCAGCAAGAAAGUGUCUGAAGAUGGUUGGAUUUCCCUUUGGAGGGGCUGGGCUCCUACUGUUCUUAGAGAUGUACCAUUCUCAGCAAUGUACUGGUAUAACUAUGAAGUUUUAAAGAAAUGGUUUUGUGCAAAAUCUGGUUUAUAUGAACCAUCAUUUAUGAUCAACUUCACUUCAGGGGCAUUGUCUGGUUCUUUUGCAGCUAUUGCAACUUUGCCAUUUGAUGUGGUAAAAACACAGAAGCAGACACAACUUUGGAUACACGAAAGUCAUAAAAUACUCUGUGGGCUAAACCAGCUGCCUAGAAUCACUGUGUACGAUGAAGUUUCUGUGCCUUUGCAUAUGUCAACCUGGGCUAUAAUGAAGAAGAUUGUUGCUAAGAGUGGAUUUUCUGGAUUAUUUACAGGUUUGAAAUUAUCCAAAACAAAAGGUAGAGUGGGGGAAGAAGAUAAGGUACACGAAGUCCUCAGUGGUGCCCCAAGGAAACAAACCCUACAGCAAAGCUAAGUAGGGCAUAAAAGCACUGGGGGAUCUACCUAUAGAAGCCAGCCUUCAAAGAUGCACGGCCAACCUCUGAAAAUAUUAAUGAUAUGGAACCUGCAGGGCAGUGUGGUGCCCUCAAGGAAGCCAAAAGAGGCGUCAUUCCAAGCAUUCAUUUAAAAACAUAUGGGGAAAAUGGUGCAGAAGGAUCCAAAAUGGUUAUGUUCAUUGGGAUUGCAGCUAUGCGACUAUGCUUAUAAAAGGAAAUAAGCAAAACUGUGUUACAGUAGAGAAUGACAGGUGAUUAUUCCAAAAUGUUCUUGAAUAUUGUUGCAAUGUCAACAGUAGCUAAUACAUAUAUAUAUAUGCAUAUAAAUAAACACAUGCAAAAUUACCUCAAUGGAUUAAAAGUAACCAGUAUCUUAGAAUUCGAGUUAAUGAUAUUUUAAAAGCAAUUUAUCCACAUGAGGGGAAGGAACUUGUCAAGGUUAACAAAACUUUCUAGCCCAGAUGACUGGGAGAGUGAUAGUUCCUAUCAGAAACAAGUUAGUCAUCAGGAGCAGAAAAGGGAUCUUUGAUUUAUAUCAAGAACGAUCAGUUUUAUAUUAAAUGUGGAGUCUGGACUCUACAAGUCUUCAGAUGGUACUGUUACAAAUAUUAUUAAGUUAGAAGUCAUUCAUUCAGCAAUUUACUGGAUGUCCUAUAUGUGCCAGGCACUGUGAUAAAAAGAUAAAUUUGAAAACCACUUCUUGCCCAUAGGGAACUUAGUAUAUGGUGGAAACAGACACAAACAGAAGAUUAUAAUCAAAUGCAGUAAGUGUAGUGAGAACAAUAAGUAAAGGGUAUUAAUGGAGGCUCAAAGAAGAAGUAUCAGAACCAAAUCAGAAGGUAUGGAUUGAGGGCAAUUAGGGGAGCUUCAGGGAGAAAGUGUCCAUUGAACUGAAUCCUAAUGGACGUGCAUACCCAAGGAGGCAGAAACCAGCGGAGGCUCUACAGAAGAACGGUAUGAACAAAGAAAGGUAUAGAGGGAAGAAUUAGCACUGAAGAUACAGGGAGCUACAAGCAAGAAAUGAGACUAGAGGAAUGGGCAAAGCCCACAGAAAACUUUAGAGUUCAUGUUAAGGAGCCUAGAAAUUACCUUGUAAUCAUAAUAAUACCUUUGUGUUGUGACUUGAAAUCAAGUCUUCUGAAUUCAGAGACUACAUUCUUGGUCAUACUCUUAUAUAGCAGGGAGCCACUGAAGCCUUUUACAUAAGGGAAUUUCAUGGUUAGUUUGUAUUUUAAAUACUUGAUGGCUCUGUGAAGCAUGAUUUUGAGGGAAAUAACAUGGCUCUAGGGAAACCAGUAAAAAGUCUACUGCAGUUGCCUGAACCAGGGUAGCAGUAGACGGGAUACAGAGAAUGGAGCACAUGUAGAAAUCUUCAGAAAGUUAAACUGGUAGGACUUGGUGAAGGCAAAAUGUUAGGUGGGGGGCCAGCCCGGUGGCUUAGCGGUUAAGCGCGCGCGCUCCGCUGCUGGCAGCCCUGGUUCGGAUCCCGGGUGCGCACCGACGCACCGCUUCUCCGGCCAUACUGAGGCCGCGUCCCACAUACAGCAACUAGAAGGAUGUGCAACUAUGGCACACAACUAUCUACUGGGGCUUUGGGGGGGGGGGGAACGGAGGAGGAUUGGCAAUAGAUGUUAGCUCAGAGCCAGUCUUCCUCAGCAAAAAGAGGAAGAUUAGCACAGAUGUUAGCUCAGGGCUGAUCUCCCUCACAAAAAAAAAAAAAAAAAAAAAAAAGUUAGGUGGGAGAAGCCACGAAUGACUCAGUAGAUUUUGAGAAUUGAUAAGUGAAUAGUGAUAUCAGCCACUCCAUAAGGAAGAGAAAUUAGGGCUGGGGAGGGAAGGGGUCAAUGAGGAAACAGAGGCAGUAAAUAUGUAUCCUAAUUUUAAGGAAUGCCUAAAGAGAUUCCUUAGCCACUAUCAUAAACACAUAGCUAUAGGGAAAAUGUUAUAUUAAGCUAUUGUGGAAGGACCAUGUUUCCUUUUUGUGAUCAAGGGUCAAGAAAAGGGGUGGUUAUCAUUUUGUGCAAUAAAAUUUCAACCUAUUGAAACCCAUGUGUGGUGUAGUUGUAGUUGGCCAAGAGGGAGUUGUGACAUAGUUGUUUUUGCAUGGGCAUGCAUGAACUUGGUCACAGGUAUUCAUAUUAUCACUUUGAGUUAUUGUGUUUAUAUGCUGCUUAAAAUGUUUUCAAAAACAUUACAGUAUAAUUGCCCUUAAAAUUAAUAGUUGUCUAUUCAUAGAAAAGCAUGAAAACAGACAGUAGACUAAAUUUCAUAUUACUGAAGCAAACAGUCAUUACAGGAAUUACUGCAAUUCAUAUUUUCUUGUAAAACAACACAAAGAGCUUGUUAAAAAAAGAAAUCUCUAAGAAAGGGAAAAGCCCUGCAAGUAGAUGAAGCUUGGUGACAUAUGCAAAAGGAUUGCUUAUCACAUGCCAAGCAUGUAACUGAAGGCAGAAGAAAUUCCUCAGAAUAGAUAAAAGAAGUUUUGAAGCAACAAGCAAUUAUUGUUAACUGAUUCAUGCAGCAUGCAGGAUUUCUGUUAAGAUGUCAAACAUAAAUUUGACAUGGAAUUCCUGUGGCCAAUGAAGAGAAGCUGUUUAACUUCCAGAAGCGAAGAAAAUGAAACUAUAAGUUAGGCAAAUAGGAAAGUGUCUGCAUAAAAUUGUGCAGGAUACUUGUUGGUAACUUGAAAUAAAAUCUCUACAACAGUGGAGUAUUGUUUUAGGAAAUGGUUCACUGUUGGCACAGAGGAUGAAAUUGUGAGAAAAGACAUAGCCACUGACAAUUUUGAUUUAAAUGAUUCAGAAAAGAUGAAUUCUGAACGUGAAGUUCUUGGCAACCGAAUUCACUUUUAUUUUCCUUUUUAUAGAUACCGAGGAGUGAAAUUAAUUUUUAAAAUCUAUGCUUACAGUCUAAAAGAAGCAAUAACAAUCAGAAAAUAAAAUUAAGAAAAUAAUUCCAUUUACAAUAGCAUCUAAAAGAAUAAAAUACUUAGGAAUAAAUUUAACCAAAGAAGUGUAAAAGUUUACACUGACAACUACAAAAUAUUGCUGAAAGAAAUUCAAGGUUGAAAUAUAAAUGGGAACACAUCCCAUCUUUCCAUGGAUUGAAGACAAUAUUCUUAAGACGGCAGUAUUUCCCAAAUUGAUCUACAGAUUCAAUGUAAUCCCCAUCAAGAUUCUAACUGCCUUUUUUCAGAAAUGACAAGUUGAUUCUAAAAUUCAUAUAGAAGUGCAAAGGACCUUGAAUAGCCAAAACAAUCUUGAAAAAGAACAAAGUUGCAGGACUCACAAGUCCUGAUUUCAAAACUUAUUACAAAGCUACAGUAAUCAAGACACUGUGGUACUGGAGUAAGGAUAAUGUGGCAAUGGCACAGACAUGUACACAAAAGGAAUAGAAUUGAGAAUCCAGAAAGAAAUCCAUAAAUGUAUGGGUAACAGAUUUCAACAAGAGUUCUAGGACUAUUCAGCGGGGGAAAGAAAGAAGAGUCUUUUCAACAAAUGAUCCAGGGACAACUGAACAUCUACAUGCAAAAGAAUGAAGUUGGACCCUCAGCUCCCACCAUAUACAAAAAAUGAACUUGAAAUGGAUUAAAGACCUAAAUGUAAGAUCUAAAACUAUAAAACUCUUAAAAUGAAACAUAGGCGUAAAUCUGCAUGACCUUGGAUUAGGCAAAAGUUUCUCAGAUAUGACACCAAAAGCACAAGCAACCAAAAGAAAAACUAGAUAAAUAGGACUUCAUCAAAAUUAAAAACUUUGUGAGUCAAAGAACACUAGCAAGAAAGUGAAAAGAUAUCCCUCAGAAUAAGAGAAAAUAUUUGCAAAUCAUAUAUCUGAUAAGAGUCUACUAUCCAGAAUAUACAUAAAGAACUAUUACAACUCAACAAUAAAAAGACAAACAAUGCAAUUUUUAGAUGGUCAAAGGAUUUGAAUAGACAUUUCUCUAAAGAUGGUACACAAAUGGCCAAUAAGCACAUGAAAAAAUGCUCAACAUUAUUACUCAUUGGGGCACUGCAAAUCAAAACCAUGAAAUUCCACUUCAUACCCACCAGGAUGGCUAUAAUAAAAAAGACAAACAAUAACAAGUGUUGGUAAGGGUGUUAAGAAAUUGAAACUCUUAAUUAUUGCUGGUGGGAUUGUAAAAUGGUAUAGUCACUUUGAAAAACAGUUUGGCAGUUCCUCAAAUGGUUAAACAUAUGAUUCAGCCAAUUCCAUUCCUAGUCAUAUACCCAAGAAAAGUUAAAAUAUAUCUUCACACACAAACUUGUACAUGAAUGUUCAUAGCAUUAUUCAUAAUAGCCCCAAAAUGGAAACUAUCCAAAUGUCUAACUGAUGAAUGGAUACACAAAUUGUGAUAUAUCCAUUCAAGGAACAUUAAUAUUUUAGACAUAAAAGGGAAUGAAGCACUGAUACAUGCUGCAAUAUGGAUGAACUGUGAAAACAUACUAGGUCAAAGAAGCUAGACAAAAAAGGCUACAUAUUGUAUGAUUUCAUUAUAUGAAUGUCCAGAAUAGACAAAUCCAAAAAGACAGAAAGUAGAUAAGUAGUUACUCAGGGAUAGGGGAGGGAGGAAUUGGGACUGACUACUAGUAGGUACAGGGCUUCUUUGCUGGGUGAUGGCAAUGUUCUGGAAUUAGAUCGUGGUGAUGAUUGCACUACAUUAUGAAUAUUCUAUGUUUUUUUGUUUUUGUGAGGAAGAUCAGCCCUGAUCUAACAUCCAUGCCAAUCCUCCUCUUUUUGCUGAGGAAGACUGGCCCCGGGCGAACAUCUGUGCCCAUCUUCCUUCACUUUAUGUGGGACGCCGCCACACCAUGGCCUGACAAGCGGUGCCUUGGUGCACACGCCAGGGAUCCGAACCUGGGCCACCAGCAGCGGAGCCCGUGCACUUAACCGCUAUGCCACCGGGCUGGCCCCUACAUUGUGAAUAUACUAAACACCACUGAAUAGUACAUUUUAAAAUGGUGAAUUUUAUGUUAUGUGAAUUAAAAGUUUUUUAGAAUUCUAAAGGAUCUUUCCAGAUAAAUAUUAAAAAUGCUAAGAGAUAUAGAAACAAUGUGAAAUAGUUUAAUUGUUGGCAUUUUAUUUUUCUUUUCUUUUUUGGUGGUUCAUAAAAUAAUAGUGUUUAAAACCCAAGGCAUCUUAGAUUUGAUGAAAUGUGGUAGCUACUAGUAAUUACUAGCAUGACAUCUGUCAUAUGAUAGGCUUUAUAAAUGCUUUUUGAAAAAAAAUGACAACUUCUCGCCCUUUUCUAAACAAUUACAGUGCAUUUUAACUUCUGAAAUUUUCUUUUAUUUUAAUAAUCAUUAGAAGGAAUGUAGAAUAGCUUUUUGUUUUAUACCGUUUUACUAUAUUAUUCAUUAAAAUAAGUCCUUGAGGAAUGUAAGUUAUGGGACUAUAUAAAGGCAUAAAAGCCUUUUCUGCUUGAACCAAGUUUUAGAAUACAAGCAUAUAUUUCUAUUUUUCAAGUCAUAAGUAACAAAUCUCUAUUUCUUAAGACUCGUCAUAUGGAGAUGUUAAUGAAAAUAUUUUUUAACUAAAAAUGCAUAAAAUAUGUAAAAGUAACAAUCAUUUACAGUUCAACCACUAAAAUGAGCCACUUUUAACAUCCUGACGUAUCUGGCUUCCAGUGUUCGUUUUUAGAGGGGAAAAAAAAUCUAUUAUGUUUGUAAAAAGUGACAUAUUCAUUAUAAAAAUUUAAUCAAUGCAGUAAAGCAUGUAAUAAAUUUUAAAGAAAUUACCAUCCAGCUUACAUUCUGACAGAAAAAUAGAUAGAAAUAAUAAUAUAAAAACUGGGAUGAUAUAAUUAAUGUCUUUUAAUAAAAAGUUUUCAUUUUAUUUUUACUGGGAUUCAAUAUAACAAAAGGCCAGUAAAUGAAAUGCUGAACUUUCAGUAAAACUUUUUUCUUCGAGUUAAUAUUUUUUAAAGGAUUACUCUAUGUUUAGAGAACAUGAAAAACAUUUAUAAUUUUACCCAAGUUUGAGUGCUUUUUAAUGACAAACAUCAAUUUUAGAAUUAUCUAUUAAACUCUCAAAACUCAAUAGUAAAAAAGAUAAGUAAUCCAAUUAAAGAACAGGUAAAAGACAUGAAGAGAUAUUUCACCAGAGGAUAUAGAUGGCAAAUAAGCACAUUAAAAAAUCUUGAACAUCAUUUGCCAUCAGGGAAAUGCAAAUUAAAACCAUAAAGAGGCAUCUCUACAUACCUAUCACAAUGGCUAAAAUAAAAAACAGUGACACCACCAAACGUUGGCAAGGAUGUGGAGAAACUGGAUCACUCAGACAUUGCUGAUGGGAAAGCAAAAUGGUACAGUCACUCUGAAAAACAGUUUGGCAGUUUCUUAAAAACCUAAACAUGGAACUACCAUACAACCUAGCAACUGUACUCCUAGGUAUUUAUCUCAGAGAAAUGAAGACUGAGGUUCACACAAAAACCUGUAAAUGAAUGUUCAUACCAGCUUAGUCUAUUCGGGCUGCUAUAUAACCAAUACCAUAAACUGGGUGGCUUAUAAACAACAGAAAUUCAUUUCUCACAGUUCUGGAGACUGGAAACCCCAAGAUCAAGGUGCUCGCAGAUUUGGUGUCUGGUGAUGGCCCAUUUCCUGGUUCGUAGACAGAAGUCUUCUCAUUGUGUCCUAACAUGACUGAAGGGGCAAGGGAGCUCUCUGGUGUCUCUUUUUAAGGGCACUAACCCCAUUCGUGAUGGCUCCACCCUCAUCACCUAAUCUUCUCCCAAAGCCCACAUCCUUAUACUGUCACACUAGAGAUUAGGUUUCAACAUAUGAAUAUGGGGGGACAUAAAUAUUCAGUCUAUAGUAGCAGCUUUACAGCCCCCAAAUGGAAACAACCCAAAUGUCCUUCAAUGAGUCGUUUAAAAACUAAACAAAAACAAAAAUGACAGUACAUCCAUACCAUAAAAUAUUCUUAGCAAUAAAAAGGAAUGAACUAUUGAUACAUAUAAUAACUUGGAUAGAUCUCAGGGAAAUUAUGCUGAGUGAAAAAAGCCUGUCCCAACAGUCUAUCUAGUGUCUGGUUUAUACAGUACUCUUCAUAAUUUAAAUAGUAUUCUUCAUAAUUUCAUGACAAACUUAUAGUAAUGGAGUACAGAUUAGUGUUUGCCAUAAGGAAGGGACACAGCUAGGGCAAAGCUGGGAAGGAGGUGGAUAUGGUUACAAAAGGGCAGCAACAAGGGAUCCUUGUGGUGAUGGAACUGUUCUGUAUCUUGACUGUGGUGCUGUAUACACGAACCUACACGUGUGAUAAAAUUGCACAGAACUAAAAACACACUAAUGAGUAUAUGUAUAUCUGAAUGAAAUCAGUGGAUUGUGUUGUCAAUUUCAUGGAUGUGAUAUUGUACUAGUUUUGUAAGAUGUUACCACUAGGGCAAACUGGAUCAGUAAAGAGUGCAUGGAUCUUUCUAUUAUUUAUUAAAACUGCAUGUAAAUAUGUAAUUAACUCAAAAUAAAAAGUUAAAUUUUAAAAAGAGUAUAGCUAGAGAAAUUCCCUAAAAUGUGGUAAGCAUUUAGGGAAAAAUGCAGAAUGUGAAUGAAUACUAAGUGAGCAGAAUAACCUGCUGCAUAUAUAGUUUUGUACUGCUUAAGUAUAUCUUCAGAGUAAAUUUCUAGAUAUGUGAUUGCUGGAUUAAAAAAUAAAAGCACAGGUAGGACUGUGUUAACUUUACAUUAAUUUAGGGAAAACUCAAAGUAUUUCUCUCCAUUUGCUUGAGUCUACUUUUGUGUCUCAAGAAUUGUUUGUAGCUUUCCUCAUUUAGGAAUAAAUUUAACAAGAAAUGUGCAAAGUCUAAAUAUUUUAUUAUCUCUGUUGCUAUUUAAAUUGUUUUUUCCCCCCUCCCAAUAGAGUCUCUCACUGGUUAUUGUUUGUACAUGUGAAGGCUACUGAUUUCUGUAUGAUAAUUUUAUAUCCUGCUACUUUGCAGGACUGCUUUUAUUGUCUAAGUAUUAUUAUUUCUCUGUGUU